AUGAAGUUCUACAGAGUGAUGGCUGCCCCUGUUCUCCUGUAUGGAAGUGAAUCAUGGAUCACCACGAAAUCACAGGAGAGCAGGCUGCAGGCAGCAGAAAUGAGAUUCCUACGCAGAACGAAGGGCUGCAACACUGUGAACACACGCUUGACGCUCGCCGUUGAUGUACGAGGGUGGGGUGAGGUCAGUGACCGCCAGUCAAGGUUAGACAUUAGUCGCGCUCUUGGCACUCGGCACGGCAGUCGCGAGUUCUCUCAGUUCAUUCGUUCAUUGACAGUUUGUGACCGGACCAGUAUGAAGCGAAAGCAACAUAACCCGUCAAUUUUAGAUUUUUUUAAAAAGAAAAAGUCUACAAGUUCAAGUGUAGAUCAGCAGCAGGCCAAUACUACAUGUUCGUCCUCGUCGGAGCUAGAGCAAUCUUUCAAUACGGACCCUGCCCCUACAACAACUGGUGUGAGCUGUCUGGAGCCUAAGCCUGGACCCAGCGGCAGCAACGAAGCCCCUGCCCCUACAACAACUGGUGUGAGCUGUCUGGAGCCUAAGCCUGGACCCAGCGGCAGCAACAAAGCCCCUGCCCCUACAACAACUUGA